GAUCAAGUGAACUUUGGACAAGAGUCAAUUAUUUUGAAAAAGGGGUAGCCUGCAUAAAUAUAGCCCCCUCAUUGGGAAAUGCAAAUUAAUAUCAAUAAAACUUCAUAAAUAAAUUAUAGCUUAAUAAUACUAAUUUUGUUAUCUUUAAAGAUUCCUGUAAAUGAAAGACAAUAAUGCAUUAUUAAUAUAAUAUUAUGUCGAUCAAAGAUAUUGUGAUCCAGUGUAAUCAUAUAUCAUAGGCCUACGUGCACCUGAUCCUGGAAAUGUGAAACUCCUUGACCUUCCCCUCAUGAAACUAAACAUUCUCAAUAAUUAUUCCUUUUAAUGAGUAUGACGAAGCAGGUCACAGUGGCGUUUACGUAUUCAAUUUUUCCUGAAAGUAUCGGUAUGAAUAUGCCUGAGGACUUUAGAGUUUAGACUCCUCUAUCCCUUAGUUCGUUUUAGAUUAUUUAUCCUGCGUAUACCGGAUCUUCGGAGUAAUGACUUGAAUUGUCUUAGUUUAUAAGUGUUACCUCAUUAAGUUGUAGUAUCGUCUGUGGAAUCACAAUGAGUGGAACAUUGAAUGAUCUGACUGCUAAUCAAGCCGAUGCAUUGAAAGAGCUUAAAUCAAAACUGAAUGAUAUACAGAAACCAAUCCAUGAUGUACAUCAGCUGCUCCGCUUUCUACGAGCUCGGAAAUUUGACAUCAAGAAGACAGAAGCCAUAAUUCGCCAGGAUAUUGUGUGGCGAGCACAGAUGAAAGUUGACACUAUACACGAAUGGUUUAAGAUACCCGAGGUAUGUCUGAAAUACUGGCCAGGAGGAUCACUAGGAUUGGACAAGCUUGGUCACGUGGUAUGGUUGAGUCCAAUCGGGAAUGUUGACCCCAAAGGACUGAUUUACUCAGUGAAGACAGGAGAUAUCAUCAGAACUAAUAUAUAUGUCAUCGAGAGAAUGGUCAAAGAACAAGAAGUCAUUUCUCAAAAGCUGGGUCGUCAUAUUGAAGGGAUCACACUCAUCGUCGAUCUCGAUAACCUCAGCGCAAGUCACAUGUGGAAACCCGGUAUGGCCGUCAUGAUUGAGCUGUUCACAAUCAUCGAGGAGCAUUAUCCGGGUUUUAUUCAUCAGAUGUUUGUAGUCCGACCUACCAAGCUCUUACCGAUAGCCUACUAUCUCAUAAGGCCAUGCUUCACAGAAGAUACCAGAGAGAGAAUACAUGUGUUAGGAAGUAACUGGCGUGAGGUUCUCUUGAAGCACAUAGAUGCUGAGAUAUUACCUGUUCACUGGGGCGGUACUCUCACUGAUACAGAUGGGGUUCCUAACAUGUGCCCAAGUAAGGUGUAA